AUGAAGGUCCUAUGGGGACACUGUGGGCCAGUGUACAGCACCAGGUUUCUCGUGGACAGCUCAGGGCUGCUCUCCUGCUCUGAAGACAUGUCCAUCAGGUACUGGCACCUGGGCAGCUUCACCAACACCGUGCGGUACCAGGGCCAUGCCUACCCCGUAUGGGACCUGGACAUCAGCCCGCACAGCCUGUACUUCGCCAGCGGGUCCCACGAUCGCACGGCCCGGCUGUGGUCAUUUGAUCGGACGUACCCACUGCGAAUUUAUGCCGGGCACCUGGCAGACGUGGACUGUGUCAAGUUCCACCCCAGUUCAAACUACCUAGCCAUGGGCUUGACCGAUAAGAAGGUGCGGCUGUGGAGUACCCAGCAGGAGAACUCAGUGAGGCUCCUCAUGGUCCACCGUGGCCCUGUGCUUUCCCUGGCCUUUUCCCCCAACGGUAAGUACCUGGCGUCCGCAGGCGAGAACCAGCGGCUGAAGCUGUGGGACCUGGCAUCUGGGACCCUCUACAAAGAACUGCGGGGCCACACGGACAACAUCACCAGCCUGACCUUCAGCCUGGACAGCAGCCUGAUCGCGUCCGCAUCCAUGGACAAUUCAGUGCACGUCUGGGACAUCAGAAGCGCACACUGCAGCACCCCCGUGGACGGCUCGUCCAGCGAGCUCGUGGGUGUCUACACUGGCCAGAUGAGCAAUGUUCUGAGCGUGCAGUUUAUGGCCUGCAAUCUCCUGCUGGUGACCAGAAUCACACAAGAAAGUCAGGAACAUUGA